AUGUUGUACCAAGUUGAAAAAGAAUAUGAGGAGGAUGCUGCAACAACUGGAAACAUUAUUAAGGAAGUGACCAUGACAAUAGUGCAAGAUCGAAGAAAUGACCAAAGAUGCUAUAAUGCACCAAAACAUAAUGAGGUUGCAUUCAUUUUUCAAAAUGAUGAUGGCGAACCACCACUAGAAAGAGAUCUUCUAAUACACUGCAAAGCAAGUACAGAUGAUAUAAAUAAAAGAACAACACAAAGGAUUAGUGUCCUUGACCCCAAUCUGGAACCCAUGGUUUAUCCAUUACUCUUCCCUUAUGGUGAUCAAAGCUGGGGAAUUGAUAUACCUUUGCAACACAGACCUCAAGCGUUACAAAAUUUAACAAAUCAAACACGAAAACCUAGAAUUCGAGUUACACAAAUGCAAUACUAUGGGUAUCGUCUUUCCAUCAGAGACAACUUUAACCCCUUCUUAAAUGCUGGCCGCCUUACACAACAGUAUAUAGUUGAUGCAUAUGUAAAAACUGAAUCCAACAGACUCAACUAUGUACGACAAAAUCAGCAAAAAUUGAGAGUUGAAAAAUACUCAGGAUUGAUGGACCACUUAAUUAAUGAAUCCAACCAGAAAGGCCUGAUUCCUGGAAAAACAUAUAUAUUACCAUCCUCAUUUGCAGGUAGCCCAAGAAACAUGCUCCAAAAUUAUCAAGAUGCAAUGGCAAUUGUUAGGAAAUAUGGCAAACCUGAUCUUUUUAUCACAAUGACGUGCAACCCCAAAUGGCAAGAGAUUGUUGAAAACCUACAACAUGGCCAAACUACUGAUGCUCGACCUGAUUUAGUUGCAAGAGUAUUUCAUCUAAAACUGAAAGCUUUAAUUGAAGAUCUCUGUAAAAAACAUAUUUUUGGAGUACCAAAAGCAAUGGUCUACGUAAUAGAAUUUCAGAAGAGGGGUUUACCUCAUGCUCACAUACUACUUAUUCUUAAAGAUGACUGCAAACCCAAAACCGAAGAACUGAUAGACAAAAUAGUAACUGCUGAAAUUCCAAAUAUAACCAACACUCCACGCUUACAUGCAAUUGUUACAAAACAUAUGAUCCAUGGACCAUGCGGACCACUCAACCCUAAUUCACCAUGUAUGUCAAAUGACAAAUGCACUAAGGAAUUUCCAAAACCAUUCCAGGAAAAAACAUCAGCAAAUACAAAUGGUUAUCCAAAAUAUAGAAGACGAAACACAAACCAAACUUCAAUUGUUAAUGGCAGGACAAUAGAUAACCAUUGGGUUGUACCAUAUAAUCCACAUCUUGCCCUAAAGUACAAUUGCCACAUUAAUGUUGAAGUAUGCGCAUCCAUAAAAAGUGUCAAAUACCUUUUUAAAUAUGUGUACAAAGGUCAUGAUUGUGCAAAUGUUGUGAUUCAAGAACAAGGCACUUUAAAUCAUGAUGAAAUUAAGACCUUCAUGGAUUCCAGAUAUGUCAGCGCUCCAGAAGCAGCAUGGCGUUUAAAUGGGUUUGAAAUGCAUUACCAAUCACAUACCAUCCAUAGGUUAGCAGUGCAUCUGCCUGAUGAACAAUCUGUAUUUUUCAAUCCGAAUGACAUCAAUACAGCAGCCCAGAGAGCUUCAACAAGAAAUACUCAAUUGACGGCUUGGUUUAAAUUAAAUCAAGAGCAAGAGCAAGCAAGGAAAAUUUUAUAUUCAGACAUUCCAAUACACUAUGUAUUUGACUCUGAAUCCAAUACAUGGAAAUUACGACAGCGGGGUGCAGACAAAAUCAUUGGACGAAUGUAUUCUGUCAAUUUAUCAUCAGAUGCAGAACGCUACUGCAUGCGUCUCCUAUUGCUACAUGUUCCCGGUGCAAUAUCAUUUGAAGAUCUGAGAACUGUCAAUGGAAAUAUCUAUCCCAGUUUCCAAGAUGCUGCAAAAGAAAGAGGCCUCAUCAAUGAUGAUCAAGUGUGGGAGAACACUUUAGAAGAUGCUAUCCAAUACAGCAUGCCAAAACAACUAAGAGAGUUAUUUGCGUACAUUUGUGUAUUUGCCUCCCUACAGAACAUGAAUGAUCUUUUUGUAAAAUAUGAACAGUACCUCACCGAAGAUAUCGUUCAAAAACAUAUCCAUCACAACGAUGAAUGCACAAUAUGCCGUUAUAUCGCGUUACAGGAAAUAUGUAACAUUCUACUACUCCAUGGGAAAAAAUGUGAAGAUUUUGGGUUACCACCUAUACUACCAAAUUCAAACUUACUUACUGAUAACUACAACCAAGUUUUCGAAAAACAAAAAGCAGAAGAAAUGACAAUUACAUUAAACAAAGAACAAAAAAACAGCUUUACAAACAAUAUUGCAAGCAACUGAAAAUGACAACCUUAGUAACCACUGUUUUUUCAUAGAUGGCCCAGGAGGUAGUGGUAAAACAUAU